UAGCAGUGAGCAGAGCCAGAGAGUAGAGAUUCAGAGAGCAGUGAACAGUGAACAGUAAAGAAUAAAAGAGUUGUGAGGUGUUCAGCGUUGUGUGUUGUGUAUUGUGAAGUGACUGUGACGUUCAAAAUCAAAAAUUAACCCAUCAUCAGUACACCUAGAAGUAUAGCACCUGGAACCUAGACUAUACUUUUCCAUCUCAUCUACCAGUCCUACAGCAACAGCUACAGUACAUUAACAGUAGUACUAGUACUAGUACAAGUAUCCAGCUCUGCUACCUCUGUGUGUGGUGUAUGUGCAUGUGUUUGUAAUAUUAAAAAUAUCAAGCAGGAAGUGAAGUUAAUUGUGAUUUACUUAAUUAUUAUUAUUCAUAUUCAUAUUAAAUAAAUAUUAAAAGUUUUUAUUUUAAAAAUGACGACUACAUCACACGUUAAAAAAGUACCAAUUCAUUUACAAAGUGCUCAAAAUCGAUUACUUAUCAAGAAUGGACGUAUCGUGAACGAAGAUGGAAUUGCUGAAGGUGACAUUUAUAUUGAGGAAGGUGUUAUUAAACAAUUAGGUAGGAACUUAAUAAUACCAGGAGGGACACGAGUGAUUGAUGCUCGAGGUAAAUUAAUAAUGCCUGGUGGCAUUGAUCCACAUACCCAUUUUGAAAUGGAAUUCAUGGGCUCUGUAACGGCUGAUGAUUUUUAUCAAGGAACUAAAGCUGCUAUAGCUGGUGGAACCACUACCAUAAUUGAUUUUGUGAUGCCACGAUCAGAUGAAACACUCUUAGAAGCUUAUAUGCGUUAUCGUGAAAAAGCUGAUCCUAAAGUAUGUUGUGAUUAUGCAUUGCAUGUGUGCGUCACUUCAUGGGGUGAACGACAAAAAAAUGAAAUCAAAGAAUUAACUGCCAAACAUGGUAUCAAUUCAUACAAACUAUUUAUGGCUUACAACUUUGCACUGCGCGACUCAGAAAUCUAUCAAUUAAUGGAUACUUGCAAGUCAAUUGGAGCACUUACGAUGGUUCAUGCUGAAAACGGUGAUGUGAUCACUGAAAACACUAAGAAGUUAUUAGCGAAAGGUGUGACUGGUCCUCAUGGUCACGAACUGUCACGCAAUGAAGAAGUUGAAGCUGAAGCAGUGAAUCGUGCUUGUGUUAUUGCUAAGCAGGUGGAGAGUCCGUUGUAUGUAGUUCACGUAAUGAGUCAAAGUGCAGCGCAAGCCCUAAACCAAUUUAAAAUAAACAAUAGCGAAUUGAAAAUAAUUGGAGAAACUUUAGCAGCUGCGUUGGGUACGGAUGGGUCACAUUACUACCACGCUGAUUGGUACCAUGCAGCCAGACACAUUUUAAGUCCACCGCUACGACCAAAUAAAGAAACGCCCAACAUUCUUAUGCACUAUUUAGCUGAGGAUAAACUGCACUUAACUGGAAGUGAUAACUGUACAUUUACGGCUGAACAGAAGGCAGCUGGUAAAAAUGACUUUUCAAAAAUACCAAAUGGUGUGAAUGGUGUUGAAGAUCGUUUGUACGUUGUAUGGGAAAAAGGCGUUGUAAAUGGCAUCAUGGAUCCAUCUAGAUUUGUGGCCAUCACCAGUACAAAUGCAGCAAAAUUAUUUAAUUUAUACCCUCAAAAAGGUUGCAUAGCUGUUGGAUCCGAUGCCGACAUAAUUGUUUGGGACCCAAAUCAAACGAAAACAAUAUCGGCAAAAACACAUCAUCAUGCAAUUGAUUUUAACAUAUUCGAGGGAUUAGUUUGUCACGGCGCACCAGAGUACGUAAUAGUGAAUGGUCGUGUUUGUGUCGACGAAGGCGAAUUAAAAGCUGUACAAGGCUAUGGACGUUUUCUUCCAACAUUACCAUUUGCUCCGUACGUUUAUGGCACGGAUGAUGAUAUUGCUGCUGUUGAGAAAAAACGUUUGCACAGCUACGAAAAUGAAUUGACAUUGGAUCACUUAAAUAUUAACAAUGGUAAUGGACCAAACGCACAAGAAGAAGUUAUUUAUAAUAUGCCAACUUUACCCAACUCAAGUGUGAGCACACCAAUUGGGAAAGCACCGAGACAAGAAGGCCAAAGAAAUUUACAAAGCUCAUCAUUUUCAAUCAGUAGUGAAGAUCCAGAUGCUGAUGACCGUCGUUCUUGUAUACGUGUUAAGAAUCCUCCAGGAGGUAAAUCAUCUGGUGGAUUUUGGUAAAAACAUACCUACCCAUGCCGUACAACAAUUACAAUUACAAUAAUUAAAUAACAAUUAAAUUUAAUUCUUAAUUAACAAAACAAUAUUAAUUAAAUGAACAUAUGACAGACAUAUUGAUUGUACUAUAGCGUACCAUAUCGUAUCAUACCUAGGUACUGUUCAUUGAGUUUAAUCAAUUAAUUAAUGAUAUAAUAUUAUUAAUUAUUUAAUAAGUACCUACAGUACUGUCUGUAAUCCAUAUGAAUGAUUUAUAUC